AGAGAAGAAGAUAGGAGAAAGAAAAUUUGUUUUUAAUGACCUUAAAAUUAAUGGAUUGUAUUGAGCAAUCAUUCUGACUAUUAAUACUCAAAUGAUAAACAUUUAUUGGGGAUAAAAAAGCAAUGCUAGUUUAUUUCUUACUUUAUGAAUUUAUGUUCGUAUAUCCGGGUCAAUGAAAUAGUCUGCACUUGUCGAAGGUCAUUAGAAUUUACAGUUACAAAGGAACAGUUGCAUCAAACAUCUUUGCUCGAUUAAUCAAGUUUUAUUCAAGAUGAAGUGGUUACUAUUUAGCAGUGUAUUUUUAAUAUAUACCUGCAUUAUUUUGUGUCAAGAUAUUGUAUUUCCAAAUGACGAGGAAAUAACUCAUGUUAGUGGAAAUAAACCAAUGAUAACAGAUCGUAUUCCUGUGUCAGCACCAGGUCAUUGUCCUGAAAACAUGCUCCUUUAUCCUAGCGAUGGAGACAAGCUUAGUUGGGUGUGCGAUUGUAGACCAAGAUUUUUGUACUUUCCUUUAAAUGAUUCAUGUUAUGAAGCUUAUAGACAAGGACCAUGUCCUCCACAACAUUAUGCUGUUCUUCCUGAAGGAGAAGCAGUUCCACAAUGCGUUAAAAAUCCAUGUUUGGAAGAUGGUUUAGUUAAAUACAAUAAUAUAUGUUAUCCUUUGAGAACAAUUGGUGGUCCUUGUGCACCUGCUGUCUUAGGUGUCAAUGCAACUACUUUUAAAUUGGAAUGUAUACCAACAGAUAUUGCACCUUUUAUUAUAAUAUCAGUUCCUGACCGAGGUUGUCCUCCAGGUAGUCGUAGAACCACUUUUGGUUUAUGUAAGAUGAAAGUUUGAAUUUCAUUUCAAAUGUUAAACUAAUACAUAAGAAAAUAUUAAACAUAAUAACUUAAUUGUAAGAAGAAUGUAAAAGGUACUUAAUAAAAAUUCAUCUUCUUGUUAAGACUUUGUUUUAUCCCUAACUAAACAGCCUUUAAUUAAUAAAUAAUUGUGAAUAUUAUAAUGUCAAUUAUGUAUGUAAAAUAAGGAUAUUUUAUAAUCUUCUUAAUUCUUUGACGUAAAUUUACAUGAAUCAUUUAAUAUCUUUUUAAUUAUUUCCUUGAAUAGCUAAUGACAAAUUAAUCGAAUAUCAUAUUUAAUGUUUGCGGUAUUUACAAACAUUAUCGAUGACUGUUACAUUAUCGUGACAGUCACUAAAGAAAAAGAAAUAUUUGACUAACGUUGUACGUCCUUGUUUUUUA